AUGCAUUCUAAACAAGCACUUCCAGGUGAACAGCAAGGAAUUAAAAUAUUAAACAGACAUGGAACUUGUGAAGAUGCUUUACUCGUAGACAACCUUGAAAAGAAGGUAACUGAGAAGCAGAAUGAGACAGUAUCUCCUCUGGUCAAUGCAGGGUCUCACAGUGGUAUGGAAGACAUCUCAGUUGCUGCCCCAUCAAGAGGUGCAGUAGUAUUACAAAUGGAGUGCAUUGAUUCCAUCACUCAAAAAUUGAAGUGUCUUGAUAUUAGCGAUGGAGGCUUCCAGCUCCAGAUGCAAAACCUGAAUGGGCAUUGUCUUGAGAGUGUAUAUGACACUCUAGUUCCCUAUUCUGGGCCAUAUGAUCCUAACAAGAAACGGCAGCUACCAGCCAAAGUAGAUCUGGAUGAAGAGACAAUGAGGGUGUGGAGGCUGUUGAUGGGGAAGGAUGGGAGUGAAGACAUUGAAGAAGGAGAUGAAGACAAGCAAAAGUGGUGGGACGAAGAAAGAAAGGUGUUCUGCGGGCGAGUAGACUCAUUCAUUGCCCGCAUGCACCUCAUCCAAGGCAAUAGACGCUUUUCACCAUGGAAAGGUUCAGUUGUUGAUUCAGUUGCUGGAGUUUUCUUAACUCAAAAUGUGUCGGACCAUCUUUCAAGCUCUGCCUUCAUGUCUCUUGCUGCUCGAUUUCCACUUCAGUCAGCUUCUAACCACAGAGCAUGCAAUGAAGAUGAGAAAAUCACCCACAGCAACCAAGAGUCCACUGGAAGGAAUAUAGGAGCUGUUGUGACUAAAUAUGAUUUGAAAGAUCGCCAGUUUGUUGUCUUCAAAAUAAAAAAGGAUACAAGCCACUUAUCAGAAGAGACCAGAAAGGGAAACCUGAUCACAAGGGUAGGAAGGGCAAAUCUAGUACAAGCAGAAUAUAACAGAAUUGCUGAAGAUGCGCCUUCACCUAAAAAUCCAACAGGCUCUUCUAUUGUUAGAACUGAUAUAUUUGAAUUAUGCUCUGCGUCCAACUUAAAAGAAGACCUCAAUACCAGGUGUGAGGAGGUCUGCAAAGCGGAACAUUCCACCGAGUUUAUGAAGCUUCUACAGUUGGAAGAGGCUGCAUUUCUCCAGCAAUUUCACAGUUGUAAAAAAGAGUUGCUGUCAUCUGAUGGGACCCUAGGAAGUGAAUAUACCCAACGAAGAGGCAUGAGCAGUCCAUCUUUUGAAAUUCCACUUAUCUCUUCCAAUUCUGAGGUGAUUAAAAGCACAAAGAUGGAGGACACUGUCCAUAUAAGCCAAAACUCUGGACUUGUUGAAAAUCCUGAAAGUGAAAUUACAGACCAGGAGGUGCCACCUGUGGCUCAAGAAGCAACAACAGUUGACUUGUCUGCAUCACUGGCCAAGAGCUGCAUGGCCCCAGAAUGCAGUUCAAUAGAAGCAAGGAGGCGAAACUAUGAUAGCCAAGAAGGGACAACAGUUAACCUACAGUCUGGGAAGUUUACUGUUGAGAAGCCCAAAACCCUUGUUGAUGGAAUGAUACAACCUAAGAACACAAUUCAGCCAGCUGAUGAAGCAAACAACAGUGUCAACAAAAAGAACAGGUUCAAUGAGACAAAGACAGAAAAUUCAAAAGGAAAGAAAGGGAAGGUUGCGCAAAAGGAAGAAAACACAAUUGAUUGGGAUAGUUUGAGAAAAUCCUAUUCCCAUUGUACACAAAGGGAAAGAAGUGCCAAUACAAUUGAUUCUCUGGACUGGGAGGCAGUCAGAUGUGCACAACUUGAGGAGGUAUCCAAAGCCAUCCUUGAGAGGGGAAUGAACAAUGUUCUGGCGGGGCGAAUUCAGGAUUUCCUUAACCGGAUCUUCAAAGAACAUGGAAGCAUUGACCUUGAAUGGCUAAGAGAUGUUCCACCUGAGAAAGCAAAGGCCUACUUGUUAAGCAUACGAGGACUAGGGUUGAAAAGUGUGGAGUGUAUACAGCUUUUGUCACUUCAACAUGUUGCAUUUCCAGUCGACACAAAUGUUGGCCGGAUAGCAGUGCGUCUGGGAUGGGUGCCCCUCCGACCACUGCCUGAACAACUUCAGAUACAUCUUCUAGAUCAGUACCCACUGAUGGAUACUAUUCAGAAAUAUCUCUGGCCAAGGCUGUGCAGGCUUGAUCAACGAACAUUGUAUGAAUUACACUAUCAGAUGAUAACAUUUGGAAAGGUUUUCUGUACGAAAAGACGACCAAAUUGCAAUGCGUGUCCAAUGAGAGGAGAGUGCAAGCAUUUUGCAAGUGCAUUUGCAAGUGCAAGGCUGGCCCUGCCAGGGCCACAGGAGAGAAGUAGCGUAAGUUCAAUGAUUCCUCUAACAGCUUCUGAAAACUCUGAUGCUGUUAUUAGCCAUCCAUUGAUAUCCCUUCUGGACGGGAACCCAUUUAUAGCAUCAGGAUUCCAAACCAAAACUUGUGAACCCAUCAUCGAAGAGCCAGCAUCACCACAGCCUCCAUGUGUAGACAUACCAGAAAGGGACAUUGAAGAUUAUUUUUCCGAGGAUUCCAAGGAAAUUCCUACUAUCAAACUCAACAUGGAAGAGUUUACAGCAAAUUUACAGAACUAUAUGAUGUUUCAAGAGGAUGACACAUCAAAAUCUUUAGUUGCUUUAACUUCAGAGGCUGCUUCAAUUCCUAUGCCAAAACUUAAGUAUGUAAGCCGGCUAAGGACAGAGCACCAAGCCUACGAACUUCCAGAUUCACACCCACUUCUUGUAGGGGUAGACAAGCGAGAACCUGAUGAUCCAUGCCCAUACCUUCUUGCCAUUUGGAUACCAGGUGAAGCUGCAAAUUUGUCUACUGAACCCAAUAAAAGAUGUGACUGCCAGGGAUCAGCAGAAUCAUGCUAUAAGAAGACAUGUGCUCAAUGCAAUAACAGUCAAGAACAAAAUUCCAUUACAGUCCAAGGAACAAUCUUGAUGCCAUGUCGAACCGCUAUGAGAGGUAGCUUUCCACUCAAUGGAACAUACUUUCAAGUCAAUGAGGUAUUUGCAGAUGAUGAAUCCAGUCAUGUUCCACUCACCGUCCCUAGGGCAUGGAUAUGGAAUAUGCCAAGGAGAACAGCGUACUUCAGAACCUCCACACCAGCAAUAUUUAGAGGUUUAUCAAUGGAAGAAAUUCAGUACUGCUUUUGGAAAGGAUUUGUUUGUGUGAGGGGAUUCAAUCGACAAACAAGGGCACCCAGACGUCUGACAAGUAGAUUUCAACUUGCUGCAAGUAGGGCGGGAAAGGCCAAAAGAGAACCAGGCGAUGAAUAGGAGACAAUGCCACGAGGACAACUAAAAGAAAUUUUUUUUUCCAAGUCAAAGAAACACUAAUACCAUUAUAACUUUACUUGCUUCCCAUAAAAAAUCAAAGCCAAAAGUUAGUACAGCAUGUUAUGAGACAUGAACAUCAAUUUUAUGCCCAAUUUUUAUUAUUUCAGGAAUUGUAUGUAAUAGAGACCCAGAAAUGUAGUAGAAGGCUAGAAGCAUCAUGUGUGCAUGUUCCAGAGAGAGGGAGAGAGAGUAAUCAUUGGAACUCUGCAGAGGGAAUCAAUUAUUCAAUAAAUUUGACUUUGUC